AUGGGGGAUGCUGGCAUGGAACCAAACAUCUCCCCUCCCGACAACACUGGACAGCAAGACUCUCUCUUCAGCAUGACGGAUGUGUUUCUCAUAUCACUCAUCAUCGGGCUUUUCACUUACUGGUUCUUCUUCCGCAAGAAAAAGGAGGAAGUCCCAGACAUCCCCAAAAUGCAAUCAGUAGCAGCUCCGGUGAGAGACAGCAGCUUCAUUGAGAAGAUGAAGAAAACGGGGCGAAACAUAGUGGUUUUCUACGGUUCCCAGACGGGUACAGCAGAGGAGUUUGCCAACCGCCUUUCCAAAGAUGCUCAUCGCUAUGGCCUCCGGGGCAUGGCAGCGGAUCCAGAGGAGUAUGACUUGUCGGACCUGAGUCGCCUCUCUGAGAUCGACAAGUCCUUAGCUGUGUUCUGCAUGGCCACUUACGGCGAGGGUGAUCCGACGGACAACGCCCAAGACUUCUACGACUGGCUGCAGGAGGCUGACGCUGACCUGUCAGGUCUCCGAUUUGCGGUCUUUGGGCUGGGCAACAAGACUUACGAGCACUUCAAUGCCAUGGGAAAGUAUGUGGACAAGAGACUGGAGGAACUUGGAGCCCAGCGCAUCUUUGAACUUGGGCUGGGAGAUGACGAUGGCAACCUGGAAGAAGACUUCAUCACCUGGAGAGAGCAGUUCUGGCCAGCGGUGUGUGAGCACUUCGGGGUGGAGGCUACGGGAGAAGAGUCCAGCAUCCGCCAGUAUGAGCUGGUGGUGCACACAGAUGUGAACAUGAACAAAAUCUACACCGGUGAGAUGGGCCGUCUCAAGAGCUACGAGAACCAGAAGCCACCGUUUGAUGCCAAGAACCCCUUCCUGGCCCAGGUUACGGAGAACCGCAAGCUGAACGAGGGUGGAGAGCGACACCUUAUGCACCUGGAGCUGGAUAUCUCCGAUUCCAAAAUCAGGUACGAGUCUGGGGACCACGUGGCGGUGUACCCAGCCAACGACUCCUCUCUGGUGAAUCAGAUUGGUGAGAUCCUGGGCACGGAUCUGGACACGAUCAUGUCCCUAAACAAUUUGGAUGAGGAAUCCAAUAAGAAACAUCCCUUCCCCUGCCCCACGUCCUACCGUACAGCCCUGACGUACUACCUGGAUAUCACCAACCCGCCCCGCACCAACGUCCUCUACGAGCUGGCCCAGUACGCCACGGACGCCGGCGAGACGCCAGGGCCGCGGGCGCGGGACCCCCUCCGAAAAAGGGCAUCGUCUGCCGCCGAGGGCAAGGCUCUCUACCUCAGCUGGGUGGUGGAGGCCCGGAGGAACAUCCUGGCCAUCCUGCAGGACAUACCCUCGCUGCGCCCCCCCAUCGACCACUUGUGUGAGCUCCUGCCCCGCCUGCAAGCCCGCUACUACUCCAUCGCCUCCUCCUCCAAGGUUCACCCCAACGCCAUCCACAUCUGUGCCGUGAUGGUAGAGUACGAGACCAAGACGGGACGCCUGAACAAAGGGGUGGCCACCAACUGGCUGAAGAACAAGGUGCCCAAUGAGAACGGGAGUUGCUCCCUGGUGCCCAUGUACGUCAGGAAAUCGCAGUUUCGCCUGCCCUUCAAACCCAGCACGCCCGUCAUCAUGAUCGGACCGGGGACUGGCAUAGCCCCCUUCAUCGGCUUCAUUCAGGAGCGGGCCUGGAUGAAGCAGCAAGGCAAAGAGGUGGGACUCAACGUUGCCUUCUCCAGGGCCCAGGCCGAGAAGGUUUAUGUUCAGCAUUUACUGAAGAAGAACAAGGAAAACAUCUGGAAGCUGGUUAAUGAGGGGAACGCUCAUAUCUACGUGUGCGGCGAUGCUCGCAACAUGGCCCGGGACGUGCAGAACACCUUCUACGAGAUCGUGGCCGAGUUCGGGAACAUGAGCCAGCCCCAGGCCGUGGACUAUGUAAAGAAACUGAUGACGAAGGGCCGGUACUCUCUGGACGUCUGGAGCUAA